GAGGCCUGCGAAAGUCUGCGAAGGUCUACCAGGGAAGUAGAGUCUCCGGAAGUGACCGUUGUAAACACCGUCUCCUUGGGGUUUGUUUCCCUUCCUGUCCCCUUUUGCAGUUUGUUCACCAUCCUUGGGUCCUAGAGUCCGUCCAGUUCAAACAGUUUUUGCCCUGACCCCUGCAAUCAGCCGGGGCCUCUUUCUAACUUUGAGAUUUGAAGCUUCCCCUAGGGUCUUGGGUAUACGGUCUGGACCUCGGGAGCCCCUUUGAGUAUUUUAACAGAAUUCAGUCCAUCUAACCUGUAAGCCACAGACAUCUUGGACAAUUUAAUCAUCAAUAACGAAGUAUAUCAUUAAGAAACUGUGGUAUUUUGAAAGAGUUGGAAAACUUAUCAUGAAUUUAAACACUUCAAGUAAUGUCACUGGUGAUGCCCAAAGGUUGAAGAAUGCCUCAUCUGAUGUAAAGCAAAUGCUUAAAGGUGAAACAGAAUUGGAUAUUACUGCUGAUCUCAGAAAGAAACUCCAUCGGGCUAAGAAGGAAAAAUUGGAAAUAACAACUAAGCACAAUGCAGAGCUGGCAGGCUAUGAGAGCCAGAUUGCCAAGCUACGAUCUGAGGUUGAAAAAGGAGAAGCAUUGCGACAAAGUUUGGAAUACGACCUGGCUGUUGCUAGAAAGGAAGCAGGCCUUGGAAGACGGGCUGCUGAAGAAAGGUUAGCUGAGGCACAUAGGAUCCAAGAAAAACUCUGUGCUCAGAAUACAGAACUUCAAAGAAGGGCAAAUGAGAUUGAGAAAGUAUUUCAGACUUCCCAGGAGAAAUGGAAAGAAGAAUGCAGAAGAUUUGAACAUGAUUUGGAGGAAAGAGACAAUAUAAUUCAAAAUUGCAAUCAAGAAUAUGAUUUACUUAUGAAAGAAAAAAGCAAGCUAGAGAAAACUCUACAGGAAGCAUUGGAAAAACAUCAGCAGGAGAAGAAUGAAAUGGAGUCUCAUAUCAGGGAGACAGCUUUGGAAGAGUUUAGAUUACAAGCAGAACAAUGGGAAGCAGAAAGAAGAGAGUUACAAUUUAUAGUACAGGAACAAGAUAAUGCUGUACAAAGUAUGCACAAGAAAGUAGAACAAUUAGAAACUGAACACAUGGACUGCUCUGACCUUUUACGGAGACAAACAAGUGAACUUGAAUUAAGCACUCAACGAGAGGAACGUCUUCGAAAAGAAUUUGAGGCAACUACUCUUAGAGUGAGGAAGUUAGAAGAAAAUAUUGAAGCAGAAAGAGCAGCACAUUUGGAAUCAAAAUUUAACUCUGAAAUUAUUCAGUUGCGGAUUCGAGACCUUGAAGGAGCUUUGCAGGUAGAAAAGGCCAGCCAGGCAGAAGCUGUUGCUGACUUGGAAAUGAUCAAGAAUGAAUUCAAAGAAGUUGAAGCUGCAUAUGAACGAGAAAAGCAUAGUGCACAAGAGAGUUUUGCAAAACUAAGUUUAUUAGAAAGAGAAUAUUUCUCCAAAAACAAGAAAUUAAAUGAAGAGAUUGAGGAACAGAAGAAAGUAAUUACAGACCUUUCAAAGAGACUCCAGUAUAAUGAAAAAAGUUGCAGUGAAUUACAGGAAGAACUUGUAAUGGCUAAGAAGCACCAGGCUUUUCUAGUAGAGACAUGUGAAAAUAACGUGAAAGAACUGGAAUCGAUCUUGGACAGCUUUACUGUGUCGGGCCAAUGGACAUCAGGCAUCCACAAGGACACAGCUAAACCUCCCAGCUUCUCUGUUGUCCUUGAGACUUUGAGGCGUACCUUGACAGAUUACCAGAACAAGCUGGAAGAUGCAUCUAAUGAGCUGAACAGCGUGAACAAUGCUAAGGAAAAGGCAUCUAGUGAACUUGAUUCUACCAAACAGAAGAUAGAAGCCCACACUAAAAAUAUAAAGGACCUUCAGGAUAAACUGGCUGAUGUCAGUAAGGAGUUGAGUCAUCUGCGCACUAAGUGUGCAGAUAGAGAGGCUCUAAUCAGCACUCUGAAGGUGGAACUACAAAAUGUGCUGCACUGUUGGGAGAAAGAAAAGGCACAAGCAGCCCAAUCUGAUUGUGAACUGCAGAAGCUUUCCCAGGCUUUCCACAAGGAGACUGAGGAGAAGCUAACCUUCCUUCAUACCUUGUAUCAGCACUUGAUAGCAGGCUGUGUGCUCAUAAAACAACCAGAAGGCAUGCUGGAUAAAUUCUCCUGGUCUGAGCUUUGUGCAGUCUUGCAGGAGAAUGUUGAUGCCCUGAUUGCAGACCUCAACAGGGCUAAUGAGAAGAUAAGUCACCUAGAGUAUAUCUGUAAAAACAAGUCCGAUACGAUGAGAGAGCUUCAGCAGACCCAGGAAGACACCUUCAACAAAGUGGCAGAGCAGAUCAAAGCUCAGGAGAGCUGCUGGCACAAACAAAAGAAGGAGCUGGAGCUGCAGUACUCAGAACUCCUCCUGGAGGUGCAGAAGAGGGCACAGAAAUUUCAAGAAAUUGCUGAAAAAAAUAUGGAAAAAUUGAACCAUAUUGAGAAGUCACAUGAACAGUUGGUUCUUGAAAAUUCGCGCAUCAAAAAUGUGUUAUCGCAGACUCAAAAGGAGCAAACAUCCUUGUUGGCCGCCUGUGCCUUGAUGGCUGGUGCCUUAUAUCCUCUGUAUAGCCGAUCUUGUGCCUUAUCUACACAGAGAGAUUUUCUCCAGGAGCAGGUCGCCACUUUUGAGUUGUUCAAAGUGGAAGUGAGAACUCUAGCCCAGGCUUUGUCAACUGUAGAGGAAAAGAAGCAAGAGGAAGCCAAGAUGAAGAAAAAACCGUUCAAGGGAUUGAUACGUGUAUUCCGGAAAGGCGUCAUUGCAAUUUUGGCAGCACACAGACUCAAGGUUUUGGGCCAAUCGUGUGCCUCUCUUUUCACCUGGAUGGAAAGUUUCAAAGAAGGCAUAGGCAUGUUAGUGUGUACAGGAGAGCCCAAAGACAAGCACAAAUUUCCAAAACAUCAAAAGGAGCAAUUACGUUGUCUGCAAGCGCUCAGCUGGCUCACCAGUUCUGAUCUUCUUGCUGCAAUAAUCACUUCUACCGCUGAGUUACAGGAAGUCAUUAGUAAAACAGAUCCAAAUUCUAGAAUUUGUGGACAUUUACUUAUAGGUGCAGCCAAGAAUUCUUUUGCAAAACUCAUGGAUAAAAUUAGUUUGGCAAUGGAGAGUUUGCCUCUGCACAGUAGCAGCAGGAGUAUUACAUAUGUGGAAAAAGAUUCCCUGGUCCAGAGGUUGGCCCGUGGACUCCAUAAAGUGAACACACUGGCCCUGAAAUACGGACUACAGGGCCACGUACCCAUUUUGAAAAGCACAACAUCCCUACAGAAGCAAAUAUUCGGAUUCACACAAAGGCUGCAUGCCGUGGAGGUGGAGCGCCGCUCCCUGCGCAUAGAGGUCACAGAAUUAAAACGGAAUUUAACUGAAAUGAAAAAGGAGCUUGAUAAAGCCCAGGGUCUCCAAACUCAAUUAAAUGAAUUUAAGCACUCUAAAUUGAUCACCCAUGAGAAGUUUGAAAGUGCCUGCGAAGAACUGAACAAUGCGUUACUUCGAGAGCAGCAGGCACAAAUGCUACUGAAUGAACAGGCACAGCAGCUGCAGGAGUUGAAUUACAGGCUUGAAUUGCAUUCCAGUGAGGAAGCUGAAAAAAAUCAAACUCUCGGAGAAGCUGUUAAGAGUCUCUCCGAGGCAAAGAUGGAGCUGAGAAGAAAAGAUCAAUCUCUGCGUCAGCUCAAUAGACAUCUUACCCAGCUGGAGCAGGACAAGCGUCGACUGGAGGAGAACAUCCACGAUGCAGAGAGUGCCCUCCGCAUGGCAGCCAAGGACAAAGAAUGUGUUGCUAAUCAUAUGAGGACAGUAGAAAAUAUGCUUCAUAAGGUCAGAGAUCAGAUCUCGCUGUCACGGACUGCGGCAAGUAGGAAUGACUUCACCCUGCAGCUACCCAAACUGCACCUGGAGACCUUUGCAAUGGAGGGGCUCAAGGGCGGGCCAGAGGUUGUAGCGUGCCAGGCUAUGAUUAAAAGCUUCACGGAUGUCUACCAGCUUGCAAGCACUAGAAUUGCUACAUUAGAGAAGGAAAUGACAUCUCAUCGAAGUCACAUUGCAACUUUGAAAUCAGAACUUCACACAGCUUGUUUACGUGAAAAUGAAAGCUUACAAUCAGCAGGAUCACGAGACCAUUCAAAUCUCUCAGUUCCUUCAAGAGCUGCUCUUCAGGCUGAGACAAUUGGUGUUGGGGAUUUUUUGCCAUUGAAAGCUGAACUUGAUACAACGUACACUUUCUUAAAGGAGACAUUUGUGAAUUCUGCGCCCCUGACGUCAUCACAAUCUUCUCCAGUAACUAUGUCUGCCAAUGCCAAAAGGCCACCUCAGAUUGGAUUAUGACUUUAUGAAAUUUAAAAAAUGCAGGAAGAGUUAGCAGUACAAUUAAAAUUGUUUUGAAGGGGGAUUUUCUUAUCAGUUAAAUUUUGUUCCAACUCAAGUGGCCGUGGGUUUUUAAAAAUUCCAUGCCAUCUGGACAUGCGCAGGUAUCUGCGCCUCCUUAAAUAAUGAAAUAACCAACUUUCUUCCCCUCUAAGUUUUAUUUAUUAUCACAGUUGCUCAUUUUUAUGUAACAUAAUUUUAAAUGUUAAGGAAUGACACAUUUUGGGUAAUUUCCUUCAGACUUAAAAAAAAUCAAUAAGCCAUUUUAGUCUCUAUCUAUCAAAGUUGUUUCAUACUUGUCUAUUUUAAAGCAGGACGGCAAUGCUUUAAUAGGAUUGAGAGAGCUAUUUGAAAUGUAUGCCGAUGAUUCCUGUCAUUCCAUGGCAGCCCUGCCAUGGUUCACUGAACCCCCUCUUCUCUCUUGUCAGCUCAACUGAAGACAAGCAUUUAGUUGCAAACUUUAAGCAGGUUGUGCAAAACAGAAAUGAUGUGACUGCUUUUCCUCCCCCACAAUAAUGUCACUCCUGGUCAAUGUGAGAAGGUCAGGUUGCUCCCUGUAAAGCUACAUGAUACCACUUGCCCAUUUGAACAAGUUAAGUUAACUGCUGAAUCGGGUCCCUGCAGGCAUGAAAACUCAUCCUUUUAUCAUGGCUGCAUUUGAUAAGAAAGUAGAGCAAUUGCUCUGGGAAGAUUUCUGUGGUAGGCUUAGGCACUUUUUAAGGACAGCUCCCACACCCGUAUAGCAGGUAAUAUGUUUAGUAUAAGCUGAAAAACUUCAAGGUAAUGGCUGUUUUGACCUUCAAAAUAGACUCCUUUUUUGUUUUUGUUGUUGGUAGGACCCAAGAGUGACGCCCAUCUUUGAUGCUGACAGAAUUUAAAACAAGGCCAUUGCCCUGCGUUUUCUGCCUUGUAGCACACAAAAGUAAAAUUGUAUGUCAGGCCGAGAUGUCGGGGAGCUGACAAGAUGCCCCAGUGACAUUUCAGCUAGAAAGAGCAAGUGUCUUGCAACCAAGUGGUCAAAUAUCAAAUAAUAGGUCAGGCAGGAAGGAGCUGAGUUCUAACCACAAAGAGGUUUCUCGGAACUUACUUGACAAGCUUUUGGGCGCUUUGUGGCUUGACAAAGUGAUGUUCUGUUGAGUAUCGCUAGACAGACUGUUCUUUAUCGCCUUCAGAAGAUCAGACAUUGACAUUGAUUAAACUCUUUAACCCUUAAAGGUUAAAUCCUAGCAGUUCGCAUCAUGGUAAGUGAAGAACAAAAGAAUAUUUGUAGUAUGUAUUUGUUUUUGUAUUAAUCAUUUAACUCCCAGUGAUAUUAACUUCUGCUGUGAACUGUAGUUUUUGACAGGGUUUUGGUACAAAAUCCAUCUUUUAUAUUAUUUUUCAUUGUGGAGUUUGUUAUGGAUACAUUAGAAAAUAAUAGUAUGUAUUAUGAAAUCUGUAUUGUCUUAACUUUACAGGGGCAUUUGAUUAAAAUAUACCCAAUUUCUGAUAAUUUUUUAAUUGGUUUUGGUAAAUAAAAUUUGUGUAUGUACUGCUUGUGUUCUAAGCCAAAUUAGCCAAAUGAUUUAUGCCCUCUGAAAUAACACAGCACUGUCACUAUCACACUGCACAGCACAGUACUGUUCCUUGUCGUGCUGAGCCAGUGUAAUUAGCAUUGUAUAAAUUCUUAGAAAGCUGUUUAUGUGGAGUAAAAUUACAUCCUUAACCAAAUUUCUCUUAAUUCUUUCUUUGGAAUUCUUUUUAACCAUUCUGUAUUUUGAGUUUUCCAAACUAUGCCCUAUGUAAUAUAAUGUGUGAAAUUCAACUUGCAAAUUUAUUGUAACACAGAAAACACUAUUGAUUGUUUUUGUGUAGAUCAUAGAAUAACUUCUGCACAUUCAAAACUCUUUUCUGCUAGUUCAUACAAUGAUUAAAAUAUUGUCUAUAUGGAAAGUGAUACGCAGCAUUUUAGUUCACGUAACAGCAUUUAGCUUUCAAAUCUCACACUAUAAAGUGUUACCCUGUAUCACUUUCUCUCUCUGUGUAUGUUUGUGUUGUAUCUAUUUUUAGAUCCUACUAAUUCAAGAGGAAAGUUUAUAAACUUUUCCUUGGACAGACUUUUUAGUCUUCUUGCCUUAAUUUUACAAUCUGUUAAUGGGCUAACACCAAAAAUAAAUGUAUUUGUCUCUUCA